AUGGCCAACACAAGGUCAGCCAAGAAGGCAACGCGCAAGAUCGAGGCGCGCACCGAAGUCAACACCGCGCGCCGCUCGCGCGUGCGCACCCACAUCCGCAAGGUCGAGGAAGCCAUCGCGGCCGGCGAUCAGGCGGCUGCAACCGAAGCUUUGAAAGUCGCGCAGCCUGAACUUAUGCGUGCAGCGUCCAAGGGCGUGAUGCACAAGAACACGGCUUCGCGGAAGGUCUCGCGCCUGGCAAGCCGCGUGAAGGCAAUCGCCGGCUAG